AUGGUCCGGGUCGUCGCCCUGCGCGAGGCCGCGAUGCCGCUCUUCCACGGGCAAGGUCCCGACGCCAUGGCCUGGCUCCACCUGUUGAAGGAGAUCAUAUCUGUGGCGCAGGAACUCGACAUUGCUCUUUCGGCCUGGGCACAAUCCGCGCCCGAGGACUGGAAGUUCUCGACCACCACCACGCCCGCUCAAGAAGCCAAGUCGGGCAACGGAGACGACGAUAUGGCCUGCUCGCACGUCUACUCCACGCACGGACACGCCGCCGUCUGGAAUCACUACCGCGCCGUCAGGUUGAUCGUCAACAGCAUCCGUAUGCGCGCCUUCUCGCUCCUGCUAGAAUGCCCGACGCAAUGCUCUGCGAUUAUCGGCCUCAAGACCCUAUGUCAGGAACACAUCGAUGCACUAGCGAAGGACUUGUGCCACAGCGUCCCGUACUUCUUUCAGACCUCGAGUGCGCUUACGAGUAAUGGUGCGGAAAACGGCUUUGAUUCCACGGCCGAGAUCGCACCCAAGAUGGCCGAACUGCUCGCGUGGCCGCUCACGGUUGCUGUCAGCACCGAUGGCGUCCCGACAGUACAGCGGGAGCGGAUGAAGGAUGUACUGAGAAUCUGCGCGAACGCCUCGGCGAAUGCAGUGCUCGAGUCUGUGAUAGAGCGGGGAGAGUUCAGGUUUUGA